UCUAACUGGAAUAACCAGGGUAUCCAAUGGGAUUAGUGAUUGGCUCUGAGGAGUCUGGGAUUGGUUGGAGGACCAAAACAAGGUUUCCCAGGUUGUACCACCUACAUGGGGUGACUAAAGGCUUACUGUGAGCCUGAUUAGUUCGGUAGCAACAAGCGGAAGCGACAUGUUAGUAGAGGCGAGCAGCCGGACGAAUGCAUGGACAUAGACUUGCUUCUGCACCAGUUCCAGAGAAGAUGGUGGCCGCUGUGCUCACCUUGGUCAGCUCAAGUAAACAUGUUCAACCUGAUGACCAACUGCUGCACCUGGGUCUCCAAAAUACAGGAGCCGAUCAGGAAAGUGACCAUUCUGGUGGUUGGUCUUGACAAAGCAGGAAAAACUUCCUCAAUCAGAGGAAUGUCAAGAGUCCCCCACGGCGCCGAAGCUGGACCCACCCACGGCUGCGUCCGGAGUGAGCUGAAAGUGGAGAACUACCAGGUCACCCUGCUGGACGUGGGGGGGUCAGCGCAGUCGAGAGGAGCCUGGCGGGAGCUCUACGGAGAGGCCCACGGGAUCGUCUUUGUGCUGGACUCCAGCGACAGGCAGAGGAUAAAGGAGGUCAAGGAGGUCCUCGCUGACCUACUGAAGCAACCGAGAGUGGCGGGGAAACCCAUAUUGGUGUUGGCCAACAAACAAGACAAAAUGAACGCUUUGCUCGGAAAUGAGUUGAUUGAGAUUCUGUUACUGGAGAAGCUGGUGAACCAGAGCCGCUCUCUGUGCCAUAUUGUAAGUGCUCAAAUUCGAGAAUUCGGUGAAGUCGUGAAUUUAAAGCAGGCCUUUUUUUCAAGACAGACCAAACGUUCUCUUCUCUCCCCAAAGGAGCCUUGUUCCGCCUUGAUGGACCUGCGGCGCUGGUCGGACAGAAAGACUCAGCGAGGCCUUCGCUGGUUGCUGCGCGCUGUUUGUCUGGAUUACCCUGAGCUGUGCUCCCGCGUAGUUCAGGACAGCAAGAGGCCUCUGGAACCAAGGGAGAGGGAGAAGACCUGGAAAACAGAGAACGUUCAAAGAAAAACCAAAGGGGAACGGAAAUCCGUCAAGUCGAAUCUUCACCAGGUCCAUCGUCCAAAAGAAAAUGAGAAAAAGACAAAGGGUGAAGGAAAGCUGCAACCCAUUCGAAACAUGCUGCAAAAGGAAACCACUCUGAAAAAGAAGCUGAGCACAAAAAAGAAGAAGAAGCAGAAGAAGUCGGUUAAGGAAAAGGAAGACGAAAAAAAUCAGCCAGAAACAAAUGAGCGGGAAGUGAAGGAGAAGAAGGAGGAGGAGGAGGGAGACGGUAGCGAAAGAGAGAAUGAAAACUCUGGGGACAGGGAGAGAGCCAGCAGCGCCUUGAUCCCGCCGAAAAAACAAAAAAACAAACGCAAACCCAAAGCAAAGGAAGAGAUUCUGGACGUGCAAGAAACACCGGACAAUGACGAGGAACCGCCGAAAGCUAAAGGGGAAAAGAGGAGGAAGAAAAAAGUUGUGAAAGUAAAAAAGAAGAACAAGAUCAACAGUGAGGAGACGUCUGAAGCUUUCCCUCACCCUGUGGACCUGUCUGCAACAUUUGAUCUCUACCGAAAAGCAAUGCUGGCUCUGAGGGAACGUCAGGAUAAGGGACAGUGAGUGCGAACCCUGCGACCCGAGUGUGAGGAUGCGGUAGCAGCAGUAAGCCGCAGCCCACAAUGCAUCACUUCAUGGCAGACACACGGAUCCCGUGAUGUCUUCGUCGUUAUUUUCACUGGACAUGAGACCGGAUCCCUGAACCUUUGGAGGGAAACUGCAAAAUCCAAUGUGUAGUGAAGGGCACGUCUGUAAAAAUGUAUGAAGAACAUAAAAUUAUAUAAAAAUCCAUUUAUACAUUUUUAGAAAAAGUAGUAGUAGAAGAAAUUGUACAAUGCCAAAAAAUGUUAAAUUAGUUUUUUAUUUUUAUGAAUUGAAACAGUUGUUAAAUCAAAAUUAAUUCUUUGAUUGCAUGAUUUUUUCACAGAUUUUGAACACUUUUCAGAUAUUAACACAGUCAGGGGUAUUGUUGAUAAAAAAGAAUAAAGGUUUAUUCACUACUUUUCCUGUCAUAUCUAUUGUGUCUUUUUUUAAAUUUCAGCAGGUAUUUUCAGUCAGCUAAUUAAGUAAACCUAUGUAUUCGUUAUUUAAAUUUAAAAAUACAAAAACUCCCACAAGGAGCAAACAACACUAUUAUUUACCACAAGCUGGGUUCUAUUAUUUCCCCGCUGUUUAUGUAAUUUCAUAAUUAUUCCGUUAGACCCCGGCUCCCAAAAUGUAAUGAUCAAGAAAUAUUCCUCCAUUGUAGCUUGCUGUCAUUCUAACCAUCUUGAUCAAUCCGCAAUUAACUUUCUGAGGAACUCUAUUUAGCAAAUGGCCCAGCAGAUUUGAGGAUUAAUGCAUCUGCUUAUUAUCAUUAUCUACUGCGCUGUCCUUGACAAAAUGCAGAAAUUGCUGCUACUGAUUAUACUGUCAUUUAUGGAGGAAUAAUUUGACAUCCACUUUUUUGUUAUGAAAGAGCACAAAAACCACAUGGGUAAGGGCAUUGAUUUCUGACCCUUUGUGCUAAUUUUAGUUGGCCUAAUUCUUAAAAUGUAUUUAGUCUUCGCCGUGUAAAAGUUGACAAGUAUAUGUAUUUAAUUUUAAACUAAGAAGCUCUUUCUAGAUUAAAUAAAUAUAUAGAAGUAUUCCAUGAUCAUUUAAAUGAAAUAAUCCUGGCAGUGUCCAUGCCAAGUGGGGAAACCACUGGCAUAACAAAAGCAUGGAAAUAUACUUACCAUCACCUCUUAACAAGUUGUAUCCGUGCAAGUGAACACAUGUUCUAUUCGUACAGUUGUACGGGCUGUGGGUGCGUCCUUAAGUCUUUGGUUGCCUGGCAACCUGAAUGGACUCAUAUUCAGACGCAACUCUCUGUGAAAACUGCACACGAAUUUAUUCGCCAUCACCUUUCAUUUUAGCGGCGUUUUACGCUGUGUUUUUCGACUCGUGGACGAGCCCCCGGCCGUCGACGCUCCUGGACACAGUGCUGUGAGGGGGACACGGGCGUCGCCAUCUUGGACCCCCCUUCUCCUCCUCCUCCUCCUCCUCCUCCUCUCC